CCAAAUACAUGUACAAAAUGGAGGUCAGCUGAAAUCUUUCCUUUGGACAAAAAAUGUCGCUUUUUCGAUUUGGAAAGGCAAUAUUGCGCUCAGUUGUUCGUAGCGCUGAUGUCUUUAAGAAAGGUCAGGCGAAAGCAAGCAAAGUACCGUGGCAUAACGGAUCAAAGAAAGUAGUAGUUCACCAUGGGCAAACGAGAUCAGAUAGUUUACUUUAUUCCUCGUCACCGAGAACAGGCUAUCUUUUGUCUUCGUUAACAAGACCUGUGCGACAUGGUUUUGCAAGCACAAGRUCGAAAUUGGGCAUCGAAUAUGGCUCAUUUUUGAAAGGUCAUAGAGUAUUUCGUCUUCUAAGAAAAGGCCAAAUACAAGGACCUCUGUUUGCCUUUCUUGGGUUUGUCUGCACAGAUAUUGGGGCCAAAACAAGUUCAACUCCAGAAGAAGAAAAUGACUUCCUUAAACUGUACCAGUGGAUGCAGAAAGGCAUCCAGAGUACACAACAGGAAAUGAUACAAAGUGAAGACCAAAGUGAUGAUCAAAGAUCCUUAAAGCUGUCUGAUUACACUAUUGGACAGAGACUUGGUGAACAGUCAUCUAAUUCAGCAGUAUAUGAAGUCGCAAGGACAAAUAAUGAUGACAAGAGGUUUGCAGUGAAAAUGCUUUUCAACUUUUUCACAAACUCAAACAGUGUUGACAUUGAAAAGGCAUUUUCAAAAGAAAAGCAAGUACUUUCUAAAAGUGGAAUUCAAGAUGAAGAAUCCAGCUAUGUGAGCAUUCCAACACAUCCCAACAUCCUACCUGUCCUGCACUCUUUUGUGGAYGAAGUGCCAUGUUUGCCAGAUGCCAGAGAUAGUUACCCUGCUGCACUUCCACCUAAAUACACAUUWCAAGGGAUUGGAAGGAAUAUGACUAUGUUUCUAGUAAUGCCAAGGCUUGAYUGCACCUUACAUCAAUACCUCAAGUSUUGUUCUCCAAGCAAAAAGACAUCUGAACUUCUACUUCUGCAACUGCUAGAGGGUGUAUCUCAUCUUGUGGACAACGGAGUGGCUCACAGAGACAUGAAACCUGACAAUCUACUGGUUGACAUGUCAUACCCUGGUUGUCCUAGGCUAGUUAUAUGUGAUUUUGGUUGUUGUUUGGCUGAAAGAAAGCAUGGCUUGAAGAUGCCAUUUGUAACAGAAGAGACAGAUCGUGGAGGGAAUAUCAUGCUAAUGCCACCUGAAGUCAUCACUGCGCAAUGUGGACAUGGUGCUAUUAUUGACUACAGCAAGGCUGAUGCCUGGUCAUGUGGUGCUAUAGCUUAUGAACUAUUUGGCCAACCUAACCCUUUUGGACUUGAUAGACUUGACAGCUCAAGCUACCAAGACGAGGAGUUACCAGACCUUGCUAUAUGUGCUCCUGCAGUUCGUUGGGUUGUCAAAAAAUUACUUUGUAGGAACAUGGCAGACCGUCUGACAGCACGUCAAGCAUCCAUUAUCCUCAAAGUGAAGCUGUUUGCUCCUUCUGAAUGGUUGAGUGUCAACAAACUUGUCACACAAGGUGAUGUCCUCAGAUGGUUGGUCUUGAACUCUUCRAAAUCUCUCAAGCAACGAGUGAGAAGAAGAAUUGACAACAUUGAAACAAUGUUGAAAUUGUCAUUCUUGGCUAGAACAACUGUCAGCGAAGUUUCAAUGGCUCUAGCACUACUUCGACAUCUUCAGAACUGAACCARCCCCAUGUACCAUGUCAAAAGAGUGACAGUAAUAUAGUAAAUCAGAUUUAUACUCASAUGUAACUAGUUCAAUUACAUAAUCAAUAUUAAAAAAUAAAAGUUCAAAUUGUGUCUCAA